UCUUGGAGCCAGAGAUUGCGCGGCGGGUCUUCAUGCACUUGGGAUCAUUGAACUAAACUUACGUAUUUAUCUAGAUUUUUUUGCAUUCUUUGUAGGAAUUCUGAUUACUGGCAGUAAGGCGACCUGUAAGUUGCGCUUUGAAAUCAAACCCCUGUUAAGCCUACAGUAUGAGUUUAGAUUCUGUUCUUUUACUGGAGGCAGUUAACUUUGCUGCUGACAAACAUCGUAAUCAACGCCGUAAAGAUCCAGAUGAAACGCCAUAUAUCAAUCACCCAAUUGGGGUGGCCAGAAUAUUGACCCACGAGGGAGGAAUCACGGAUAUCGCCGUUUUACAGGCAGCAUUAUUACACGACACGGUAGAAGAUACAGACACAACUAUUGAGGAGUUGGAAUCCAUUUUCGGGACGACUGUGGCUCGAAUUGUGGAGGAGGUGACAGAUGACAAGUCCCUUCCAAAGCAAGAAAGGAAACGUCUGCAGGUGGAACACGCGCCUCACCGCAGUCACCAGGCCAAACUUGUCAAAUUGGCUGACAAACUUUACAAUCUAAGGGAUCUCAACCGGUGCACACCCAAAGGUUGGUCGACAGAAAGGGUGCAGCAGUACUUCGAAUGGGCUGCACAGGUGGUGAAAGGGCUCCGUGGAACCAACCCACCUCUGGAGAAUUUACUUGAUCAACUGUUAAAGGAAAGAUCUGUACAGAUUUAACAACUGAGUUGUUGGGAAGUUUGCUAUAGCUGUAAUUUAACCAGGAAGCUAAGCAGGGUGCUUUGGCCCAUGGUGUCCUCUGCUGAGUGUUUUGAAGUGUUGUAUCAUCACUUCAAUUUGCAUUAAUAACUUAUAACAUUCUUUUGUGUGAGAGGUUCAGGUAUUUUACAGUAACACAAUGUACAUUGUAUGCAUCAUGUAUCAUUUGUAUAUGCAGUGAGAAUAAUAAACGCUUGAUCCCUUG